CCCACAGGGAUCCCGCACCGCACGAGAUUCUCGCCACCGCCGCCGCCACCACCACCAACCGUCCCCUCCCUCCCGUCCCGUCCCGUCCCAGCGCAGCGUGGCGCACGCACACUCCCAUCCUACUUGCGCUCGCAUCGCAGCAGACAGGGCGAACAAAAACUGCUCCCCCUCCCCUCCUCCCUCCCGUCAUCGUCGUCUCCUUUCCUUCCCCUUUCCCCCGUUCGCGCAUCCUGCAUUCUCCUCUCUCGCGCGUCCUUCCCCGACCCCUUCCCAGAUUCCUUCUCCCUCCGCUUGCUUGGCCUUCCGGCCCGCCCGAUUUCUGCCCGAAUCCGUCCCUUGCCGCUCCCAAAUUUGGUGUGUUUUUGCUUCCUCGCGAUUUGUUGUGCCUUGUCGCCGGCGACCGGUUGCGGCAGACCAGGUCUCCUUCCACCAGCGUCUUCUACCUUCGGGAGGUGGCGCCCACCACCACCUCCUCCUCCUCCUCUGCUGUCCGCUCUACUGGUACUGGACUGGCGUGGAGCGGAGAUCCACCCGGGCUUCGAUUGAUUUCUUCGUUUUGCUGCUACUUGCGGAUUUGGAUGCUGUCUGGUGUGCUAAUCUAGUCCACCCAUCCGUUGUUCGAUCAGGCUUUGAGAUUGAGACGGUAUUAAGAAGAAAUUUUCAAUCAUGCUUUGAGAUUGAGACGGUAUUAAGAAGAAAUUUUCAAUCAUUGUUCACUGUGCGGAGGGUUCAUUGUUGGUUCACUGGAGGGUUUUUGUUGAAGUACCCUAUUCCUCAUGCUCAUCGUCUCUAGCUAAUUGGCAUAAUAUGAUAGCUGGUCAAUAAAUCCCCUACAACUUAUUCUAUAUCCAUUAUGCCACCAUGGUGGGGAAAAUCUUCAUCCAAAGAAGUGAAAAAGACUGCCAAAGAAAACCUCAUUGACACAUUUCAGCGGCUCAUAAGUUCAAAUGAGCAAAAGGGGAGCAGAAAAUCACGGGGGAGUCAUAGACGUGGUAAAGACACAGCUGCUGAGAAAGGUUGCUGGUCUACUGCCCAUUCCCGCUCUACAUCCCCUUCAAAAGAGGUUUCUCGGUGUCAGAGCUUUGCAGCAGAUAGACCACAUGCACAACCACUCCCUCUUCCUAGAUCACGUGCUAGGGUGACACGUACUACUUCAGAUAUUACCGACUCAAAACCCAUUUUGGAAAAGCGUAGCAAAGGGCAACUACUACCACUCCCUACCCCAAAUUGGCUUAAAAAAAGACCUGAAACUACUGAACCCGUUGCUGAAUUAGCUACCGCUUCUGUCUCCAGCAACUGUUCUAUUGAUAGUGAUGAUCCUGGAGAUUCUCAACUUCAGAGCCCUGUGGGAAAUGAUGCUGAAAACGCAGCUAAAGUUGCUACAUCGAGUAGUUCAAGUGUUGUGCAUAAAGAGUGUUCUAGCGCUAUCACCAGAAAGAGCACCAAGGAAGUGGCAAAGCGAAACAAUGCUCCUCUCAGUAACCACAUUCUGUCCACAUCUCCAAGAAGUACUGCUGCUGAUAGUUGCCAAACCAAUUUGCAAAGCUCGCGACAGGUUACUCUGGAGAGUGCUCCCAAUAGUUUGAGGUCAAGUCCUUCUCGAAGCCCAAGAAUUAUAUGUCCUGAUCAGAUUCCAACGUCAGCCUUUUGGGCAGUGAAGCCUCAUACAGAUGUAACUUUCCUUGGGUCUGGUCAGUGCUCCAGUCCAGGUUCCGGUCAAACGUCUGGGCAUAAUUCAGUGGGAGGCGAUAUGCUAGCCCAGCUCUUUUGGCAACCUAGCCGAGGCAGUCCAGAGUAUUCACCAAUUCCCAGCCCAAGAAUGACAAGUCCUGGUCCAAGUUCUAGGGUGCAUAGUGGAAGUGUCUCUCCGUUGCAUCCUAGGGCUGGUGGGGUGGUGCCUGAAUCUCCAACAAGUCGACAUGCUGAGGGGAAGAAGAAACAAACCCACAGAUUGCCACUUCCACCAUUAAGCAUCUCUAACAGUUCCACCUUUUUGCCAAACAACUCUACCCCAGCUAGUCCUAUAUCCCGUAGUCCUGGUGGAACAGAGAAUCCACCCAGUCCUGGAUCACGGUGGAAGAAGGGAAAGCUGAUUGGCCGUGGGACAUUUGGCCAUGUAUAUGUUGGAUUUAACAGCGAUAAAGGUAAAAUGUGUGCAAUGAAGGAGGUUACCCUUUUCUCAGAUGAUCCUAAAUCAAAAGAAAGUGCAAAGCAGCUGGGCCAGGAAAUAUUACUAUUGAGCCGACUGCAACAUCCAAACAUUGUGCGAUAUUAUGGAUCUGAAACGGUGGAUGAUAAGCUUUACAUAUACCUGGAGUAUGUUUCUGGUGGAUCUAUCCAUAAGCUUCUCCAAGAGUACGGGCAGUUUGGUGAACAAGCAAUUCGAAGUUAUACUAAGCAAAUACUUUUGGGCUUAGCUUAUUUGCAUGCAAAGGAUACAGUACACAGGGACAUCAAAGGUCCAAACAUAUUGGUAGACCCUAAUGGCCGUGUAAAGCUUGCCGACUUCGGAAUGGCAAAACAUAUCAAUGGACAACAGUGCCCUUUCUCAUUUAAGGGUAGCCCAUACUGGAUGGCUCCUGAGGUUAUAAAAAAUUCUAAUGGAUGUAACCUUGCGGUUGAUAUAUGGAGUUUAGGAUGCACAGUCCUAGAGAUGGCUACCUCAAAACCACCAUGGAGCCAAUAUGAAGGGAUUGCCGCAAUGUUUAAGAUAGGAAACGGUAAGGAGCUUCCACCAAUACCAGAUCACCUCUCAGAAGAGGGCAAAGACUUCAUAAGACAGUGCCUGCAACGUGAUCCAUCAAGCCGUCCAACAGCAGUGGAUCUUUUGCAGCAUCCAUUCAUACGAAAUGCAUCACCACUUGAAAGAUCAGUUGCCUCUGAUCCACUGGAACAGUUGACGGCUUUAUCUUGCAAACCAUCUAAGGUGGUUGCGCAUGCCAGAAAUAUGGCCUCGCUUGGUUUGGAAGGGCAAUCAAUUUACCAGAGAAGAGCUGCCAAAUUUUCUUUGACACACAGUGAUAUCCAUAUAAGGAGUAAUAUAUCUUGUCCUGUAUCUCCAUGUGGAAGUCCUCUUCUGAGAUCAAGAUCUCCACAACAUCAAAAUGGUAGAAUGUCACCGUCUCCAAUUUCUAGCCCCAAAACUACUUCGGGUGCUUCCACUCCUCUGACUGGUGGCAAUGGAGCCAUUCCUUUAAACCAUGUGAGGCAACCAGCUUACAGAAAUGAAGGCUUCCCAAUUGCAUCAAGAGGCCUUGAUGAUCACUUGCCUAGCCGGUCUGCUGACCCAGUCCAUGGACGUUUUGUUCGAGUGCAUCAACUCUCGGCAGGUCUUCAGGAGAGGGUAGUCCCUGAAGCUGACAUUCUGAGCUCACAGUUUGGAAAGACGGGGCAUGUGAAUGUAUGGGAUUUGCAUGAUAGGCCACUGCCUUCUGAACAUUCCUCUCAGCAGAACUUUGGGGAUCAUGUGAAACUAAAACCUUCACUGGACUUGACUUCUGGUCCUCCACACCUUGGGCGCAAUCAUGGUCAUUGAUUCUCAAGCAAAAAUUGCUGGAUAAGUUUUGAAUCGGGCCUUGAUGAAUGAUGAGAUAGCUAGUGGUUAUAAUCUGGUUUGUCCAUCUAUUUGCUCAAAACCUUGAAUUGUAUCAUAGUACAAGAGAUGUCCAUUAAUUGUUUCAGAUGUUAACAGUUGGCAAUGGAUAAAGAUUCUCUAAUGUCAAUCCCAUUAGUUCAACAAAGAUGAGACAUGUCCUAUCGGGAAGGGGAUGUUGUAUACUAGAUCAUCCAGAUAUUGAAGGACCAAAACAGCAGCUCUGAACCUGUAUACUCUUACUCUUGUAGCUACAACUUUUUUUCUUCGUUCUUUUAUGGGGCUGGAGGCCAUUGUGCAGAAGGGAGCUCAAACUAGAAGUUCAGAUUUUGCAGAGGAGAAAGCAAGUGAGCCAUUCUCUUCCCAUCUUGCAUGCUGCUGCUCACCGGAGAGUGUUGCUACUGAUUUUGUAAUACUGGGCCAAUUCAUUAAAUGUAUCCAUUACUCUGGAAGGUAUACAAAGAGUCUAAUUGUUCGAUAAAUUAACUGGUCCAAAUGUUGGCCAUUCCCUGGUGUA